CAGCUUUUCCUCCACGUCAUUGAAUUGUCCCAGAGACUGCUGUAAAAAAAAAAAGUCGGUAUGUUGUUUUCUGUAAAUUGUAUAUAUUCAUUGUACAGGUGAACUGAGGUGCGUAAAGAUUUAAGACAUGGCUUAUAUGGAGGAUAACAGUGCUGAGGGGAUUGACUGGGGUCACAAAUCAGUGUUGGGAGAAAAAAAACACAGAUGUACAGAACGUAAUUCAGAAUUGACUGGGGCUCUUCCGGAGAACGCUCACAUUGGACUUCCUAGCCCAGCACCAGACAUUGUAAAAUGCUCCCUAAUAUCUGGAGACUGUCUUUACUUCCACUAUGGGUGUGAUGGCCAGGAUGACAGGGGCUGGGGCUGUGGCUACCGCACCCUCCAGACCAUGGCCUGGUGGCUGUGCCAUAGCUGGUGCCCACCAUCGCCUAAGGCCAAAUGCAGACCCCCACCCAGCCUUCCUGAAAUCCAGCACGCCUUGGUGGCAAUGGGGGACAAGCCUGCAUCAUUUGCUGGCUCUCGUGAGUGGAUAGGGACGGUCGAAGCAAGCCUGAUCCUUGACUACUACUACAAUGUCCCCUGUAAAGUGGUCCAUGUGCGGGGUGGAGGGAUAGAACUGAAUAGAGCUGCUGAGGAGCUCCAUGAGCACUUCCAGAGCCAGGGGUCACCUGUCAUGAUGGGAGGGGACCGGGAUAACUCUUCCAAGGGCAUACUGGGCGUGUGCAGUCGGCCUGAGGGCCAAGGGAGCUACCUGCUGGUGAUGGAUCCUCACUACUACGGGCCCCCGCUGGAGCGAGCGGCACUGCAGAGGUUGGGAUUGGUGUCGUGGAAAAACGUGGGGUCUCUGGAUACUAGUUCCUUCUAUAACCUGUGUCUGCCUCAGACUGCCAAAACAUGAAAGGAAGAAAGUAUGAUCCAGGGUAAAACAAAAAACUCCUAUGUCAUGAAUUAUUUUCGGGACUUUUGUUUGUUGUAAAUAUCUGAGCAAUUGUUGGUCAUUGUUCGAAAAAAGUUGUUACGAAUACUUUAACUGUCCUGUGCAGCUGUAGCUGGAAGUGUUAGUGGCUGAAUAGAACACAGUCGCCCUCUUGUGGAUGAAUGCAGACUGUUCAGACUUAAAGAUUUAACAGUAUGUAGGAUUACUAAGUAGUUCUGUGGCCAUACCUAAAUGUUUAAAGGGUAACACACGGAAAAUUAUCACUGUUUUGAGGCUAAAUCUGAUGUAUUAGAGUGAAAUGUCUGGUCUUAUGUUAUGUUUUUUUUAGCAGUAAAUCUAGCGCCAAACAAUUAAUCUCUGCCAUUUAAAUUUGUUCAGGCACUUUUCAAAAGAUGCUUCAUUGCUAUCUAGAGGGGGUUCUUAUACCUUUUAAAUGUGCUAGAUGUGUUUAGUAUAGUGGACUUUAGCACUUUUCCAGUGUUAUUUAUAAAAUGUUUUGAGCAGCA